AUGCUAUUUACAAGGGUUCUGAGCCCCACGGCCUCCAUAAUGGCCACUUCAAGGCAGGCGCCCUUUCGGAACUGUUACCUUCCACUCCGUUCAGGCCAUGUUCCGGAAAACUUUGCGAUAUUCCGCCCCUACAACAAGGCAGGCUUUCAAGUCAAGAUGAUCAAGUGUGAUCGGGCUUUCAUUGUUCUCACGGAUGACAUGCUAGACAAUAUGGGUGUUACUAUUGACCCGACUGCAGCUGGAGACCACGAGCCUACCACUGAGCAAAACAAUAGGACACUGAAAGAAAGAGUCAGCGUAGCUCUUGUGCGAUUACCCUACAAAGUGGUCCCAAAAGUGAUCACUGACUUGGACGUCAAGCCGCCAAGCUAUUGA